GACUCGCACCACCCCCACCCCACCCCACCCCACCCCACCCGCCUUCCUUCCUCCGCGACUCUGCGCGCCCUCAGUCAGCCGGCCAUGGCGCUCCUCACCGAUCUCCUCAACCUCGACCUCACCGACUCCACGGAGAAGAUCAUCGCCGAGUACAUAUGGAUCGGCGGAUCUGGCAUGGAUCUCAGGAGCAAAGCCAGGACCCUCCCCGGCCCGGUCACCGACCCCAGCAAGCUGCCCAAGUGGAACUACGACGGCUCCAGCACCGGCCAGGCCCCCGGCGAGGACAGCGAGGUCAUCCUGUACCCACAGGCCAUCUUCAAGGACCCGUUCAGGAAGGGCAACAACAUCCUUGUCAUGUGCGAUUGCUACACCCCAGCUGGAGUGCCAAUCCCCACCAACAAGAGAUACAACGCUGCCAAGAUCUUUAGCAACCCUGAUGUUGCCAAGGAGGAGCCAUGGUACGGUAUCGAGCAGGAGUACACCCUCCUACAGAAGGACAUCAACUGGCCUCUCGGCUGGCCUGUUGGUGGAUUCCCUGGUCCUCAGGGUCCUUACUACUGUAGUAUUGGUGCUGACAAGUCGUUUGGGCGUGACAUAGUUGACUCCCACUACAAGGCCUGCCUCUUUGCCGGCGUCAACAUCAGUGGCAUCAACGGCGAGGUCAUGCCCGGACAGUGGGAGUUCCAAGUUGGCCCGACUGUCGGCAUCUCUGCUGGUGACCAAGUGUGGGUUGCUCGCUACCUUCUUGAGAGGAUCACUGAGAUCGCCGGAGUUGUCGUCACAUUUGACCCCAAGCCCAUCCCAGGCGACUGGAACGGUGCUGGUGCUCACACAAACUACAGUACCGAGUCGAUGAGGAAGGACGGCGGGUUCAAGGUCAUCGUGGACGCUGUCGAGAAGCUCAAGCUGAAGCACAAGGAGCACAUCGCCGCCUACGGCGAGGGCAACGAGCGCCGUCUCACCGGCAAGCACGAAACCGCCGACAUCAACACCUUCAGCUGGGGUGUCGCGAACCGUGGCGCGUCGGUGCGCGUGGGCCGGGAGACGGAGCAGAACGGCAAGGGCUACUUCGAGGACCGCCGGCCGGCGUCCAACAUGGACCCCUACGUGGUCACCUCCAUGAUCGCCGAGACCACCAUCCUGUGGAAGCCCUGAAGCCGAGCAGCGCCGACCGCCGUGCGAUGAUCAGUGAUGGGUUGGGUUUGGUGGUGGCCACUGGAGGAUUUGGACGAAAUUCUUCCAAGAUAUUUCCGUUUCCGUUUGGUUGCAUACUACGCGUAGUCCGCUUAGGUAGGUCACAUCGUCGUCGUCGUCUGUCAUCUCAGGGUGUCUGGUCUCUCUUCUCGUCUUUGGGUGGGUGGGUGGGUGGUGGCUAGAGGCGUGUCAAACACACAAGACUACUAUUGAUUGUUUUCCCUUGCCGUCUGGGUGCCCUGGUCUCGUGUAAUCAUCAAUUGAUAUGGUAAUAAAAUGGUCCGUACCGCUGCCGUGGUACCACGCA